GGGAGCGUAGCACAGAACUGGCAUGAAAUAUAUGAUUUCGUACAUCAGCUGACGGAAAGAUUUGUGAGCCCCAAGAUGAGAUUAUCAUUUAUCGUGUUUUCCACCCAGGCACACGUCAUUAUGCCAUUAACUGGAGACAGAGCAAAAAUCAAGAAAGGUCUUAAGGAUUUGGAGGAGGUAAAACCAGCAGGUGACACAUAUAUACAUGAAGGAUUAAAACAGGCCAACGAGCAAAUUGCAAAGCAAGGAGCCUCAAAGUUUUCUAGUAUCAUCAUUGCACUGACAGAUGGCAAGCUAGAUAGUCGGAUUCCCUUGUAUGCAGAGAAAGAGGCAAAGAAAUCCAGAGAGCUGGGAGCUAGAGUCUACUGUGUUGGUGUCCUUGAUUUUGUACAAGAACAGCUUGAAAAAAUUGCUGACACGAAAGAGCAAGUCUUCCCUGUCACCGGAGGAUUCCAAGCACUUAAGGGGAUAAUUAAUUCUGUUUUGAAGCAAUCGUGCACUGAGAUUUUAUAUUUGGAGCCAUCCAGUGUCUGUGUUGGAGAGGAGUUUCAAGUUGUUCUUAGAGGAAGUGGCUUAACCCUUGGUGGGAAAACUGAUGGUGUUACUUGUACCUAUCAAGUCAAUGGAACUACCAUUCAUGAAAAACCAAAAACGGUGGAAUCUGAUUUUCUGCUCUGCCCUGCACCAAUCCUAUACAAAAGCGGCCAAACUCUGGAAGUUUUGGUGAGUUUGAAUGAAGGGCAGUCUUUCAUGUCCAGCUCAUUAACAAUCACCGCUUCAGAGUGUUCCAGUGGAGUAGCAGCGCUUAUUGCUGUGCUUGUGCUGUUACUGUUGGCAGCGCUCGGUCUGCUCUGGUGGUUCUGGCCCCUCUGCUGCAAGGUG